AUGCGCGCGCUCACAUUUGCGUUUCAUCAAACUCCCCGUCCUCUGCGUCUCUCCGCUCCUGCUCACUGGCGGCCCUGGGCCGUGCUGCGCAGGCGGUCAGUUGACCCCGCCGGCACCCAGCAGGAGCAGCAGGCGCAGGCCGUCCAGCAAGGCCCUCCCCUGCAGCAGCAGCAGGAGCAGGAGCAGCAGCAGGAGCAGCAGCAGCGGCCGGGCGUGGUGUGGCUGGUGGGCACCGGCCCAGGUGACCCCAGCCUGCUCACCCUGAAGGCGGUACGCCUCAUGCAGACCGCCGACGUUGUGCUGUACGACCGACUCGUGUCAGAGGACAUCCUGGGCAUGGUGCACCCGGGCGCCCUGCUGGUGUACGUGGGCAAGCAGCGCGGCUUCCACACGCGCAGCCAGGAGGAGAUUCACGAACUGCUGGGCCUGUUUGCGGGGCAGGGGGCCAGCGUGCUGAGGCUCAAGGGAGGUGACCCAUACGUGUUUGGGCGGGGCGGCGAGGAGGUGCAGUACCUGGAGCAGCGCGGCGUGACAGUACGGGCGGUACCGGGCAUCACCGCCGCCUCGGGCAUCUCAGCCGAGCUGGGCAUCCCGCUCACCCACCGCGGCCUGGCCACCAGCGUGCGCUUCCUGACAGGCCACUCUCGGGAGGGCGGGGAGGGCGAGCUGGGCGCCACCGUGGCCGCCGCCGCCGACCCGCACACCACCCUCGUGGUAUACAUGGGCCUCGGCACCCUGCCCAGCCUCACCGCGCAGCUGCAGGCCAGCGGCCUCGACCUGGGUACCCCUGCCGUGGCGGUGGAGAGGGGGACCACACCCGAGCAGCGAGCCGUGUACGCGCCGCUGGGCCAGCUGCAGGCGCGCGUGGCGGCGGCCGCCCUCGCCUCGCCCACCCUCAUCGUCAUUGGCCAGGUGGUGUCGCUGGCGCCAGGCUGGCGCCGCUUCCGCGAGACGGGAGACAGCCUGGACGCGCCGGGCGCCGCCAGCUGCUUGCCCGAGUUCGACGGCGGCGUGCUGGACGGCAGCUGCGCCGGCUGGGCGCGGGAGGCUUCGCAGCUGGCGCGCCAGCUGCGCUGA